AUGAAGUUGUCCAACCAAUCCGAGGUACCGGUGUACACCAUCUCGGGAUCAAACACUGCUCGGCCUUUACCUGAGUGGCUGGCUCGACGGCGAAAGCGCAGCUUGAAAGAUGACCCGGAGUAUGCCAAUCGUGUCGAGCUCUUACAAGACUUCGAGUUCGAGGAAGCGAGUCAAUGUGUGCGAGUCAGCGACGAUGGUGAAUGGGUUAUGAGUACUGGAACCUACAAACCCCAAAUCCAUACUCACUACCUCCCACAACUGUCUCUUUCCUGGGCUCGGCAUACAGUAGCCCUCAACACAACCUUUCUUCUUCUAUCUUCCGACUACUCAAAAUCCCUACAUCUCCAAUCCGACCGUUCUCUUGAAUUUCACACCCCGCAGGGAUGCCACUACACCACUCGACUUCCUAGAUAUGGCCGUGAUCUUAUCUAUGACCGCCAGUCGACCGAAGCGCUGAUCCCUGCAGUUGGUGUUAACCAAGACGGCCUUGGUGAAGUGUUCCGUUUAAAUUUGGAGAUGGGAAGAUACAUGCGGUCUUUCGAAGUUGAUGUUGGAGGUGAUGAUUUUACCUCCGCUGGUGGCGGCACGCUGCAGGGUGGCAUUAACACCGGCGCGGUAAACACAGGUGCCAUCGCGGAAGACAGCCACGGCCUGAUGGCCUUUGGCACAAGCAUUGGUACUGUGGAGCUUUGGGAUCCUAGAGCCAAGGGUCGGGCGGGCAUCCUCCUGCCACCAGCACAAACUGGGUCUGAUGAGGCGCGAUCUGAAAUUACGGCAUUGGAGUUUCAACGUUCGGGGUUGACUCUGGGCACCGGUUCCUCGAAUGGUCUCAUUCAUCUUUACGAUCUUCGUUCUCCUGUCCCUCUUCUUAAGAAGGAUCAAGGAUACGGCUUCCCUAUUCACACUCUCAAGUUCCUCCAACCGUCAUCGGCGACCCGUGAGGCGACAUUGGAGCCAAAGAUUAUGUCUGCGGAUAAGCGCAUCAUCAAGAUUUGGGAUCCUCGUGAUGGUAGCCCGUGGACGUCUGUGGAACCAGCUGUGGAUAUCAACUCGGUCGCUUGGUGCAAGGACAGCGGAAUGCUGUUGACUGCUAACGAAGGCCGCCAACAACACUCCUUCUUCAUUCCUCAGCUCGGUCCGGCCCCCAAAUGGUGCUCCUUCUUGGAUAACUUGGUUGAGGAGAUGGCCGAAGACCCCAACGACCCGAAUGCGUUUACCAGCGCGCAAGCCGGUUCUGUCUAUGACAACUACAAGUUCUUGACAGUGCCACAACUUCGCAGUCUCAAUCUAGAGCACCUCAUUGGCCGCACAAACCUCCUACGGCCAUACAUGCACGGUUACUUUGUGGCUCAACGUUUGUAUGAGGAGGCCAGAUUGAUCACUAAUCCGUAUAUCUGGGAAGAGGAGCGUGCGAAGCGAGUCAAGGAGAAGAUUGACAAAGAACGCGAGAGUCGCAUUCGCGGCAAGAAGAAGGCCGCUGUCAAGGUCAACAAGAAGUUGGCCGAGAGGCUGCUUCUUGCCGAGGAGAAGAAUGAGCGUCGGAGAGCCAAGCAAGUCCUGGAGCGUGGUGGCGAUGAAGAGAUGGUCGACGCCGCUGUUACCGAGGCUGGGUCCACUAGCAAGGGUGUUCUUAAAGACUCGCGUUUCAACAAGCUGUUCGAGGAUGAAGAGUUUGCGGUUGAUGAAACUUCCCAUGAGUUCCGUGCUAUCAACCCGAGCACUGUUCCGGAUGUGCCUGCACGUAAAGAACGUGGGCUUACCGCAGUCGAAGAAGAAGCCGUGGACGACGUUCCUGGAUCUAGUGACGAUGAUUCUGAAAGUGAACCCGAGAGACCGGUCGCCAAGAAGUCCGGAAAAAUUUCAUCAGCUGAUUACAAGCGUACCAAGCGUGCUCCUCCUCGCAUGCAAAUCUCAUCCUCAACACGGACCAACUCUGCUCGCGAUCGAUCAUUCGGCUCCCGUGCUCAGAAUAUGAAGUCCAGGCAGCGACCAGCGCGUCAAAGCGGUGUUGUUGGCGAGAAGGAAGUUAGCUUCAUGCCGGCUUCGAAGUCGAGGUCCAAGGUGCCCGAGGUUCAAUACGAUAAGACUGAGUUCCGGUCCAAGGAGCGCCGAAGUGCUUCCGGCAACACUUUCCGCAAGAUGUGA